AUGCAGCACCCCAAGCCCUUCUACGGAGCUGUGGGUCCCCAGGACGGUGACGGCCCCGGGGGUCCCGGCGGCCAGCCCGCGCCCACCUGCCCAGAGCCCCUUCCCGCUGUGGGGUCCCUGGCGCCGUGUCACCCCCCAAACCCGGACAAAGAGACCUUCCCCGCGCCCCCAGCAGGUUUCCAGAUGGCGCCCUGCGGGUGUUUCUUCGACCCCCGCAUCUACCGGAUCGAGUGGGUCAGCUCGGACUUCGGCCAGUCCACCCUGUACAAGCUGGCCGGGGCGCCCGCCUCCCCUGGCACCUACCUCGCGGAGCCGCCCGCGCCCUACCCCCACUACCCGCCGCCCCCGGGCGCCCCCCAGUACCUCAUGCCCUACUUCCCGCCCGUGGGCGCCGGCCCCGAGGCCCUGAGCUUCGUGGGGGGCGAGGGGGGACCCCCGGCCCUGGCCGAGCUGCCGCCGCCCCCACCGCCGCCGCCGCCGCCACCCCCCGACAAGCUCCUCCUCAUCACGGUGCCCCCCGACCCCCCGCUGCCCCCCAGCACCUACGGCUACCUCAAGGGCCGCCUGAGCCAGCUGCAGGGCGGGGAGCAGCCCCCCGCGGCGGGGACCCCCGGGGAGCCGCGGUCCCCGCUGGCGCUGCCCGAGAAGGUGCUGCUGGAGGACGCGAUGAAGCUGUUCGACUGCCUGCCGGUCGCCCCCGAGGCCGAGGGCCGCCCCCCGCCGCAGCCCCCCGGGCCCGGCCCGCCCGGCGGCGACAUCCGCGCGCUGCGCCUGCCCGACGAGCUGCUGGACGUGGACUACAGUGUGCCCGAGGUCCUGGACACCGUGUCCUUCGCCGACCUCUUCUUCAACUUCAAGGCCCUGGAGGAGGACGACGCCCCCGGCCCGCGGCCCGCGCCGCCCCCCGGCAGGAAGAAAGGGGGCGCCUCGGCCCCCAGAAAGGGCCGGCCAGGCGCUAAGGGCAAGCAGGCCGCCGGGCCCCAUUAA